CGCCCCUUUUAUCCCUUCCCGGGCCAGCUACGGCAAUCCAGACCCAAAGCACAGGUCCUGUGCUUGCAGCCCCCGGCACCCCCUCCACGAGGGCCCGCCCGGUUGCGCGCGCAUCCUGAGCGCGGACGAGCGGGCGGGCGGACUGACGGACUGCGGACGUGCAGAGCCGCUUCCCCUGCGUGGCCAUGGAGGACUGGGGCGGGCUCCGUGGGCUGCGCCGCCGCAGGUUGGGGAAAGCCGCGGGGACGGCCGCGCUGCUGCUGGUGCUGCUGCUGCACCCUGCGCCCGUGCAGGGCAAGGUGGCCGAGGAGCCCGCAGAGCAGCAGCGGCCCCGGACCCCCGACGGCGAGUGCCACUUCUACGCCGGAGGUCAAGUGUACCCGGGAGAGGCGGCCCGCGUGCCGGUCUCGGACCAUUCCCUGCACCUCAGCAAGGCCAAGAUUUCUAAGUCAGCACCUUAUUGGGAAGGAACAGCUGUGAUAAAUGGAGAAUUUAAGGAGCUAAAAUUAACUGAUUAUCGAGGAAAAUAUUUGGUUUUCUUCUUCUAUCCACUUGACUUCACUUUUGUGUGUCCUACUGAAAUUAUCGCUUUUGGUGACAGAAUUGAAGAAUUCAAAGCUAUAAAUACUGAAGUGGUUGCAUGCUCUGUUGAUUCACAGUUUACCCAUUUAGCAUGGAUUAAUACCCCUCGGAAACAAGGAGGCCUUGGACCAAUGAAAAUUCCACUUCUUUCUGAUUUAACACACCAGAUUUCUAAGGAUUAUGGAGUUUAUCUGGAGGACUCUGGUCAUACUCUUAGAGGUCUUUUCAUUAUUGAUGACAAAGGAAUCCUACGACAGAUUACAAUGAAUGACCUUCCUGUUGGCAGAUCAGUCGAUGAAACACUACGUUUAGUCCAAGCUUUCCAGUACACUGACAAACAUGGAGAAGUCUGCCCUGCUGGUUGGAAACCUGGUAGUGAAACGAUCAAACCUGAAGAAGCUAUGAAAGCCUGGUGGCCAAAAGAAGAUCUAUAAUUCCAGAUCCAGCUGGAAAACUGAAGUAUUUCGAUAAACAAAAUUGAAAUGUUUGCUCAGGUCGUGUCUAGUUCAAAAGUUACAAAUAAAAUUUUAGUGGUUUUGAUACUA